AUGGGUUCCGUUAUGUUACUGGCUGGUGUCCUUGUGUCCUUGCUGAUGUGCCCAUCACUGGGAAAGCCUAUUAAAGGACCUCCUCACCGGAAACCAGUAGAAGGGGGAUCUCCAGAAAAUAGACUUGAUACUGACCUGCCUUAUGAUCAGUAUCUUCGGGAAGUUGUUGAGGUCUUGGAAAGUGAUCCAGGAUUCCGGAAAAAACUGGAGACGGCAAAUAUUUCUGAUAUCAAGAACGGGAACAUUGCAAUGCACCUUGAGAUGGUCAACCAUACAGUUCGGACACGUCUGGAUGAGCUCAAACGACGGGAACUGGCCAGACUUCAGACGUUGGCUCGAGCGGAGAUGCAAGCGAAGACCCAGGGCGGCACAAGAAAAUUUGAAAUCCCGUCUCAUCUCGACCUGGUUAACCCUCACAGUUUUGAGAUGGAAGACCUGAAGAAACUGAUUAUACAGACCACCUCUGAUCUAGAAGAGUUGGACAAGAAAAGAAAAGAGGAAUUUAAAGAGUAUGAGAUGGAGAAAGAGUUUGAAAAGAAGAAACAUCUGAACGAGUUGUCAGAGGAGGAGAGAAAGAAAGAAGAGGCCCGACUGGAGGAACUAAAGAAGAAACAUGCUGAUCACCCAAAGCUGAAUCAUCCAGCCAGCAAAGACCAGUUUGAGGAGGUUUGGGAUAAGGUGGAUCAUCUCGAGGAGCAGGAUUUUGACCCAAAGACGUUUUUCUUCAAACAUGAUUUGAAUGGGGACUUUGAAUGGAGCGUUGAAGAAGUGGAUGCUGUACUUCAGCUUGAGUUAGACAAAGUUUACGAUGCCAGAAACUCACCAGAUGAAGAUGACCCCGUGGAGAGACAGGAGGAGAUGAAUCGAAUGAGACAACAUGUCUUUGAAGAAAUUGAUAAAAAUAAAGAUUAUAGAAUCUCUCUCGGUGAAUUCCUGAAUUACACGGGCAAGAAGGGAGAUGAGUCAGAGUUCAAGAAAGAUGAAGGCUGGGAUACCAUUGAGAAUGAGCCAGUUUUCUCAGAGGAAGAUUACCAAAAAUUUUUAGAGUCUCAUCACGGGGUUGCUGAGGGUGGCAAGGAUCUCAAGUUUCAGUCGGAACAAAUUCGGGGACAAGUGCACCAUGUGCCACCUCAAGAUCAGCAAGGACAGGCUCCUAACCAGCAGCCACGACACCCAAAGCAUCAGCAGCAACAUCCAGAGCAUCAGCAGCAACAUCCAGAGCAUCAACAGCAACACCCAGAGCAUCAACAGCAACAACCAGAGCAUCAACAGCAACAUCCAGAGCAUCAGGAGCAAUUUAGCCAGCAGGAGCUGCAGAGAGCCCCACAGGUGAUCGAACAUCAGCCGGGCCAGCGACCGCAGUUCAGCCAACAAGAACAGCAACAGGCUCAUGUUGUUGCAAAGCCAGAAGUGGCCGGGCAGACGGAGACGGAGAAAAUGCAGCAGCAGAUUAAAGAACUGCAGGAGAAGUUGAAUCAAAGGUCACAUCAUUAG